AUGGUGUUUGGGCACGUUCAGAGGCGGAUACGCGGGGCGCUUUUGACAAUGGGCAACUCACUGAUGGUGCGUCGGAGUUUCUUACAAAAGGAGGACAGACGAUCGCGGGCGCGGGUCAGUUGGCCGUUUUUGUCGACGUCAAGUAGGCGCAGUAGCGAGGGCUCCGAGCGCACCGCCACUUCGCCGACGGGGCGGAGGGCCAUCGCGCCCGCCCCGUCCGGCGCCACCGGCUUGUCCAAGCAUACCGGGCCUAUGGGACACUCCAGCUUGGCAGCGGUACGCACGCGUUCGCGGGAUGUAUGCGACUGCCGGCCACCACUAGCCGACACUCACGCCCCGCACCGCAGAGGGCGCCCCCCACCUCUAUGCCUCUACAGGGGAGCGCGC